UGUAUUUUUCCAUAUCUUCAUAUUUUGUUUACACACGUAUGUCGCCAUGCGAUUCAACGCCUCUUGAAUCCUCUCAAAAUUUCCUCGAUCCCAACUCUCUACGGAAGCCUCCUUUUCCUGGCGAGUAAUCUUGACCUCGGAGUAUUUUUCGAAGCUACUAUCAGGGUUUCGCCUACCAUACUACAUACAAAGACGCCUUCCUUUACCUUGACCUUCCACAUUAUUCACAAUGGCAGUGGAGUACGCCAAAAAGACAAACGCGGAACUUAUUGAGAUCCUCAAGUCCCGCUCACUACCACACACUGGGAAAAAGGCCGACCUAGUCGCCCGACUCCAGGAAGCGGAUAAAUCUGACGCCAAUAAAGCUGCCGCGGCGGCGCCCGCGAAAUCAACUGCAGUUGAAGAUGUCAUCGAUUGGGAUGAUGAUGCGCCGCUUGCUGAACCCGCUGUACCCACGAAACUGAGCACUAGCACAGCAACUGCCGCUCCUAUAAAACAGGUCCCCAAUCCCACUGCGGUACCCAGCCAGAAGGUAGAUAUCGAUCCCUCCACCACUCAUGAUCUCAAAGUUGUGAGAGGCGAAAGCAAGGCAGGGACAGCUAGCACUGCGGCUCCCGGAGAUAAGGCUACCCCAUCAGAGCAAAUUAACGGCGCCGACGUGAAACCAGAAGAGAAACCAGCAGUCGAUUAUAGCAUAGGUCUAUCAGCUACCGACCUGGAAGCUGAGCUCGCUAAAAGGAAAGCUCGGGCAGAGAAGUUCGGGAUCGUGGAAGAUUCAUCCACCGCACUGGAGCAAGCCAAGAAAGCUAUUGAAAGGGCGAAGCGGUUUGGCACAGUUACAGAAGAUGCAGCAAUUGUCAAGGGUUUGGAUGAGGCGCUCCCGGAACGCACAAAGAAGCGGGAGCGUGGAAAUGACGCGGGCGGAAAUAGCCGCGGUGGGAAACGUCGCGACUUCAGAAGGGAUAAAGGUCGCCCGGGGAAAUCAGGAGGACACCGAGCAUCGGGUACGCGACAAGGCAAGGGAGGGAACAGCAGUUCCUGGAGCGAACAAGAUCGUAUUGCCAUAGAAAAGAGGAAAAAUCGGUUUGGUUAAAGUUUCGGUAAUAGCCUGCUGAAAUUGCCUUGUUUCCAUUUUCUUUUCUUAGCUCUGCUGUUUUUUUAUUAUUCACAGAUUAUCCUUUCCUUGUCAAAAUUCAGUCAUUUAAAUAUUUUAUUUGUUGAUUUCUUUGUAGUCUGGUUUGGGAGUUUACCGGCAUCGGAUUUCUGCUGUUAUUCGGUUUUCUUUAAAUAAUGCAUUGCUAGUCAAAUGGAAUUUUUUUCCCCCGUUA